CUCCGCGCGCUGCCCGCUGGUUUCAUUGAGAAAAGCCGAGCGGCGGCGGCACCGGCGGCGUCUGCGCGGGAGCCGAGGAGCCGGCAGCAGCCUGCCGCCCGCCGCCCCCGGCGGUCCACGCGCCCAAAGCGCAGGGCCGAGCCUCCGGCCUCCGCAGCGGCGCCAGGCCGGGCGCGGCGGGCUGGGGGCGCGGGUCAGGGCGGCCGCGGAGCCCGGGGGCCGGGGGCAUGAGCCGCCCCGCGGCCCCGCCGCGCCCCUGCCGCCCGCCGCCUCCCGCCUGGGGCUAGAGGCGGCCGCCGGGAGGGCGCGCGGCUCCGGAGACAUGUCCAGGAGGAAACAGAGCAACCCCCGGCAGAUCAAGCGUUCCCUCGGAGACAUGGAGACUGGAGAAGAGGCCCAGGCUGUAGACACCAGCCUCCCAGAGCGUGAGGCCACAGCACCGGAGCCAGAGGCCGCGGGGGAGCCAGAGCCCCUGAGUCCCUGCAGUGCCGACGCUAAUCCCCCACCCCCACCCCCACCGCCACCACCCCCCACGUCCCCCGGAGGCCCCCAGGAGAUGGAGGGGCAGGAGCCAGAGACGAGGCUGGAGGAGGAGGCCGGCAGCUCCUGGAGGGGGCCAGAUGAGCUGGAGCUGGUGCUGCAGGAUGGGCAGAGGUGCGUGCGGGCUCGACGCGGCCUCGCUGAGGGCCUGUCCUGGGGCCCAUUCCGCGGGAGCGUCCAGAGCAGAGCCUCAUCCCCUGAGCAGGAGGAACCGAGCCCAGCCCUGACCCUGCUGCUGGAAGACGAGGCCUGCUGGCUGAGGACACUGCCCCGAGCCCUGACCGAGGACGAAGCCAAUGUGGAGAUCUACAGGAAGGAUGAAGCCCUCUGGUGCAGGCUCACGAAGCCGGUGCCAACGGGCGGACUGCUGAGCAUGCUCCUUGCGGCUAAGCCCCGCAGCGCCCCCAGCCACCCUGUGAAGGAGGAGCCAGCAGAGCCUGAGGGCCCGGCCCCCUCACACACCGACAUUCAGCUCCUGCCCCAGCAGGCCGGCAUGGCGUCCAUCCUGGCCACAGCGGUUAUCAACAAAGACGUCUUCCCGUGCAAGGACUGCGGCAUCUGGUACCGGAGUGAGCGGAACCUGCAAGCUCACCUGCUCUACUACUGCGCCAGCCGCCAGAGUGCCGGUUCCCCAGCCACAGCCGCCACCGAUGAGAAGCCGAAGGAGACCUACCCCAACGAGCGCGUGUGCCCCUUCCCCCAGUGCCGCAAAAGCUGCCCCAGCGCCAGCUCCCUGGAGAUCCACAUGCGCAGCCACAGCGGAGAACGCCCUUUCGUGUGUCUGAUCUGCCUGUCAGCCUUCACCACGAAGGCCAACUGUGAGCGGCACCUCAAGGUGCACACAGACACCCUGAGCGGUGUCUGCCACAGCUGUGGCUUCAUCUCCACCACAAGGGACAUUCUCUACAGCCACCUGGUGACCAACCACAUGGUCUGCCAGCCUGGCUCUAAGGCUGAGAUCUACUCACCAGCAGCCGGGCACCCCACCGCCAAGUUUCCCCCAGACAGCCUGGCCAACUUCCAGCAGCACGCGGCCCUGCAUGGCCCCCUGAUCCCCACCGACCUAGGCCUGGCGCCCACCCCACCGCCAGGAUUGGACAGGAAGGUCCUGGCCGAAGCCACCAAUGGAGAGGCCAGGGCGGCAGCCCAAAACGGGAGCAGCAGCGAGCCCCCCGCGGCCCCCAGGAGCAUCAAGGUGGAGGCGGAGGAGGAGCCCAAGGCGGAGCCACGGCCGGGGGCCCCCUCACGGACGCCGUCGCCGCCAAGCCCCGCCCCGGCCAGGGUGAAGGCGGAGCUGUCCAGCCCCACGCCCGGCUCCAGCCCCGGUCCUGGCGAGCUAGGCCUGGCAGCCGGCGCGCUCCUCCUGCCGCAGUUCCCCGCCGCGCCCCCCGCCUCGGAGAUCCUGGCCAAGAUGUCCGAGCUGGUGCACAGCCGGCUGCAGGCAGGCGCGGGCGCGCAGGCUGGCCUCUUCGCGGGGGCCCCUAAGGGCGCCACGUGCUUCGAGUGCGACAUCACCUUCAACAACGUCAACAACUUCUACGUGCACAAGCGCCUCUACUGCUCCGGCCGCCGCCCGCCCGACGACGCGCCCCCCGCCCGCAGGCCCAGGGCGCCCCAUGGCCCAGCGCGUGCGCCCCCCGACCUGCCGCCCACCGAGCCCGACGCAGCGCGCUCGUCACCAGGCUCUGGGGCGCGCGAGGACGAGGCGGGGGGCGCGGCCACGCCCGAGGCCGAGGCGGGGGGCCGGGGCAGCGAGGGCAGCCCGAGCCCGGGCAGCGGGGCGGACGAGGACGACGACCCCCGCCGGACGCUGUGCGAGGCCUGCAACAUCCGCUUCAGCCGCCACGAGACCUACACGGUGCACAAGCGCUACUACUGCGCCUCCCGCCACGACCCCCCGCCGCGCCGGCCCGCGCCCGCCGGGACCCCCGGGCCCCCCGCCGCCGCGCCGCCCGUGCGCACGCGCAGGCGCCGCAAGCUCUACGAGCUGCACGCGGCCGGCCCGGCCACGCCCCCGGCGCCCGGCCCCGCCCCCGAGCCGCCCGCGUCGCCGUCGCCGCGGCCCGGAAGCGGAAGCGGGGCGGAUGGCGCCGACGGCCCCAUCGACCUAAGCAAGAAGCCGCGGCGCCAGUCCCCCGCCCCCACGCCCGCAGCCCUGCCCGCGUUGGCCGACUACCACGAGUGCACGGCGUGCCGCGUGAGCUUCCACAGCCUCGAGGCCUACCUGGCGCACAAGCGCUUCUCGUGCCCCGCCGCCCCGCGCCACCUGCGCGCACGCCCGGACCCGCGCCCCUGCGGGCCCCCGAACGGCGCGGCCCGCGGGGACCCGGGCCGCGGGGACCUGGCCGAGCACCUCUGCCUGGCGCACGGCCUGCUGCUGGCCCCGCCCCCGGCCGGCCCCGGCCCCGGGCCCCGCGCCGAACCCCGGACGCCCUCGCCCGCCCCCCGUGACGGCCUCAACGGCCAGGAGCUGCGCGAGACCCCCGGCCUCGCCGCCGGCAGCCCUCGGCCCGGCCCCGCCCCGUCCCCGGAGCGGCCGCGGCCGCCCACGCCGUCCUCGCUCUCGGACAAGGGCGCGCAGACCCCCGGCAGGGUGGCGCCGGGGUCCGCGCCCGGCGGCAGUCACAGGUACUGCCGCCUGUGCAACAUCAGGUUCAGCAGCCUGUCCACCUUCAUCGCGCACAAGAAGUAUUACUGCUCCUCGCACGCAGCCGAGCACGUGAAGUGAGCCGGCGCCAUACGGCGGGGCCGCCCGCGGGACCCCGGGCCGGGGGACUCUCGCUCCCGGGAAACGGACUCAGCACGGCCACGUGGAGGGGCUGCGGGGACCGCGCCCGCCCGGACCCUUGGCACUUAAUAAAAAAGUUGAGUUGAUGAGCACAGUGGUGGAGGGCCUAUUCUCUGAGCAGAGGGCGCUGCGGGUGGGAACACGCACGACCAGCAUCUCGGGAUGCUCUGUGCACCGAACAGCGCCCGCCCCCCUGGAGAACACCCUGCAGUACGGAGUGACCAGGUGCCCUGCCAGAGUCUCGGCUAGUGGCCCUAAGGGCUGCACUGAGCCGCGUCAGGCUAGAGGCAUAGCGCGCACUGGUGACCACUGCCAGCUGCCUUGAACCCGCUUGGGGCACUGGGAGCAGGCGCUGCCUUCUAGGCCCACUGCUGUGUCCUCCAGGCUAGAACCACAAGCUCUGGUUUGCCACUAGACACCAAAGGGAAAGGUUUAAUGCCAGGCGGGUGACAGGCCUCCCAGGGUGCUCGGUUCUGGGGGCCUGGAUGUUACUGUCCAGUCACCAUCUCCAGGGUUGGGAGUGUCUUGGGAAGGUGAAGCCCUGUGGUUGCCAAGGCUGGGGGGUGGGGAGAAGGGAGCAGCCCACGGGCACCAGGGAAGAAGGGGAGGGACCACCAAGGCCCACAGCGACUGCCAGAACCAGAGGGAGCCAAAUCCUGAAGAGGGGCAGCAUGGCAUCUGUGGUGGCUGUAGUGGCAUGAGGACGGGGGCACCCCACCCCUAGUCUGCACGUGUCACGGCUGGACCAAAAUGAUGCUCAAACCCAAGAAAGCAGAGUCCAGCCAUGGUCUUGCCACUUUGCAGCUGGGGCUGGGGGCUCCUUUCAGCCUGGUGUCCCUGCACCAGUCCUUUUCCAGCUUUGCCUGAAGUAGCAGAUGUUUUUUCCAAACACAAUCUGACCCAGCAGUUUAUGGGGAAUAAAAGUGAACUCUGA